AUGUCAGAGUUCACUGAAGAAAUUGUUGAAUAUUCUAAUAAUUCGUCAACUACUGAAAAUAUAAAAGGUAACUGCCAGUAUUGGGUGAAAGAUGCACCAAUGGAUAUAACAAAGCAUUGUGCAAUAACAAUCCUCCAUCACAAACAUGGAAAUACGCAGGAAAAUGUGAAAGGUAACUACCAGUAUUGGGCGAAAAGUGCACCAAUGGAUAUAACAAAUCGGUGUGCAAAUAACCAUCCUAAAGUCACAUUUGAAGCGCGUCAAUAA